UGUACGUUGUGUCAAGCAUACUAUCCAACACCGCGGUCAGGCGUCAUUCCCAUACCUGCUCCUCCGACGAUGCGUCCGCUAGCCAUGCUCCUCGUCGGUUUGGCCUCUCUCUUGGUUGCGUUACCAGCCAUCGUCACCGCCUCUCCGACCACGAUUCACAUGGGUCGCCAUGAUCGCAUUGUGAUUGUGGGCGGGGGGCCAGCGGGGGUGCACUACGCCACCCUCUUGGCCAAGAAAGGGUUUACAAAGAUCACCAUCAUGGAAGCGUCGGGUGAAAUUGGAGGCAAGUCCAACACUAUCACCGACCCCCUUGGCUACCCCCACGAAAUGGGCACAUGCUACGCCACAUCGUUGUACCAGCCUGUGUUUCACUUGCUCAAGGAGUACGACCCAACGAACCGACUGGUUCCGUUUCUUCCCGGUGUCAAAGGGCACACGUGGGUCAACAGAGACGCCAUCCCCACGGGCGACUACAAUGCAUACGUGCUGCAACUCGCCGCCCAAGUCGUAGGGCCAUUGCCAGUUCAGCAACUCAUCGCGGCCGUGAACGACGGGUUUGCCCGCUACAUUGACGUCCACACGUCCAUCUUUGGCGUGUACGACUACGGGCUGCCCCCCCAACCGACGAACAAUUGGGCUCGUGUGAGCAUGUCUGGCCUAGACUUUCUCAAGCAAAACAACCUGCUCGUGCUCGAAGGGUUCUUCCGGUUUGUGUUUCAACAACAAGGGUACGGGCCAUUGGACACGGCGCCGGCGUUUUACAUGUUGUGGUGGGUCCACCCUGAGAUGAUCCGACAGCGCCAAAUCGCCGACAGCCAAGGCAAGCCGUGGACGUUUAUCUUGUCCAAGGGGUACCAGUCGCUAUGGAAGGCCAUGGUGAACGCGUAUCCCAACCAAAUCAAAGUCAUGUACAACGCGCAAGUGUUUCACAUUAUGCGCGAAGAGGCGUACGUGUACAUUGCCCUCUUCAAAAACGGCGAACCCGACGUGAUCUUUGCCGACCACAUCGUGUAUGCCGUCGACUUGAGCCGCAACGCGCCCAUCCCUACUGACAUGUACGGUAUUGAAAAACCCCUCUUUGGGGCCGAGUUUGCGUCGUCGGCGUUCGUGGUCACCCUCUUUGAUUCGGACGCCCACCAAAACGAAAGCGUGUCCCAGUGGUGGCCCAUGCGCGGGGUCGGCCGCACGGAGGGCCGCCUCCAGCUCACGCGAAACUCGCGGCUAGCGAUAUUCAACCCGAUGCCGGCGCACGGAUCCCCCGCCGACCCCGUUCCCACCGACUGGGGAGUCAACGCCACCGGGCGGCAAAGGCGCGUCGCAUAUCAGUUUUACAACCGUGGCGUCAGAAGUUCCGACGCAGCCACGAGCCAGCGUCAAUUGCUCGCCGACUUGAACGAAGCCAAGUUUAGCAACCCCAAGCUGCUUGGCCAGACGGUCCACAACUACUUUCCACGGUACAAUAUCACCCAGCUGCAACAAGGCCUCGUGUGGCGUGUAUGGAACAACCAAGGAAUGUACCGCACAACCUGGAUCGGGUCGUCGGUGAGCUUUGAAAGUGUGCUCGACGUUGUUGUGUACAACAACCGACUGAUUCAACGCGUGCACAUGACAUAACGUCGUAGUAUAACAUGGAGUAGAGUUGAGUGCUUCUGUGGCAUUUUCGUGUAUGUAUAGAGUCCGUAACGUUGUUAACAUAGACUAAAGUAAGCGUA